UCAUGAACUAGACCAACAUGGUUUGGAGUCGGAAAACGUUUGGAAUAUAAAGGUUGAAUCCAUAUUUCUUUAUUUGAUGUAACUUUGCCACUAUGGCUAAUCCAGGACAUCCAUACGGCCAUUCAAUGAUGUCCCAGCAAGGAAUGGGUCAGCAAUACCCAGCAAACACAAUGGCAAACCAGCAACAGCAACAACCUCAACAACAGCAAGGCAUGAUGGCAAACCAGCAAAGCAUGAUGGGAGUGCAGCAAAAUCAGCAAGGCAUGAUGGGACUUCAGACACAAACAGCAUUACCUCAACAGACACAACAGAUGAUGUCCCCUACUAAAGAGAUCAAUGGAGUCAACAUGUGUAAGAAAGGACAGGAAUGUGUACAGGAACUGUUUCAGAAAAUGCAAGAGAUCUUCAAGUACAUGACAACGAAAGGGAAUCAGCUACCUAACGGUAUGAACUGUAAUGCUCAGCUGGCCCAGGAGAGGAGGGCAAAGGUCAGCGAGCAGCUAGAACAGCUCACCAUAUUGUUCAAGAAAAUUCGCUUGUUUUACGACAGGGUGAAUGAAAUGUGUCCAGAUGAACCAGCAGAAGAAACUUUAGUUGCUGUGGUGGGACAGCCAUUUGAAGAGAAGUUUACUCCAGGUGCAGACUCCUGCUUCAAGUAUAAAUUUGGUAAAGAGGAAAACAGAGAGAUAGUGGAGCAACUGAGAAUGAAGAACAGACAGUUGAAGGCUAUCAUUGAUCAAAUAAGGACCAUUAUUUGGGAAAUCAAUACAAUGAUUGUAAUGAGAAAGACUUGAAUUUACCAAGUACUCCAUUCUGGACCAAAUGAAAGUUGCUGUUCUGUGGACACUCCCAUGGAUAUUGCUUUUAUCCAUCAGCAAUUGACCACUUCUUGUGUCAUUGUUUGCAAGUUUUCUUUGCAAAAAUCUGUUUGGCUGAUGGCUGAUGGAAGUAUUCUGAUUGUACUUUUAAUAAACUAUUUUUUUAAGCAUGGGAGCUGAAUACACAGUCAAUAGAUGCAUCAGGACAUUACUGUUUAUAUCUGUAUUGUUGUGAUGUCUUCGUCUUUUAUGUCAUAUCUUUAUAUAAGAUACAGAUCUGAAACUUUGAUUGCUUAAAUUGUCAUGGACAGUGCCUUGGUACAAACAACAAAAACAAAUAUUCAAUUUUUAAUAUGUAAUAAUAUUGAAUGUAAUUUUUCACAUCAGUACAUUGUGUUUGGUAUAUUGUGACCUGGUUCAACUUGUAUAUUUAAGAAAUUUGAAAAAUAAAUGUCAAAACUC